CUACAGGCACUGGGAACUUGCAAGCAGCCAGGGACCUCUGAAAAUACCACUUCUUUUUCUUUCUUUGUGUUCAAAACUAUUUUCUUUCUUCACCAGAUUUUGUUUUUCUCCCCCCACCCCCGCAGUUGUUUCCCAUUAGUAACUUGAUCUCUCAGAGCAGUACGAUUCGCCUUCUUCCUCUCCUUUCCCCUUCACCCGUGUUUGUUUUCUGCACAUCUCCUUCACGGAGCCACUGGGGCUCCCCCCCCUUCUUUUUUCUUUUCCAAGUAGACCAAAUUUCCAAUCUGUCUGCUUCUUUCUUCUUCCCUCUCUCCCUCUUGCUUUCUGUCCGCGGCGUGUCGGCUCUGCCCCACCGCCUCGCCCUCUGCGGUCCCUUCUACUCCUUCAUUCGGAUGAGCUGAAAACCCCGGGCGUGUGUAUAUGGAAAUAGUGGGGUGCCGAGCAGAAGACAACUCGUGUCCUUUCCGCCCCCCAGCCAUGCUCUUCCACGGGAUCUCCGGAGGCCACAUUCAAGGCAUCAUGGAGGAGAUGGAGCGCAGAUCCAAGACCGAGGCCCGCUUGGCCAAAGGCGCCCAGCUCAACGGCCGCGACGCGGGCAUGCCCCCUCUGAGCCCCGAGAAGCCCGCUCUGUGCGCAGGCUGUGGGGGCAAGAUCUCGGACAGGUACUACCUGCUGGCCGUGGACAAACAGUGGCACCUGAGGUGCUUGAAGUGCUGUGAAUGUAAGCUGGCCCUCGAGUCCGAGCUCACCUGCUUCGCCAAGGACGGUAGCAUUUACUGCAAGGAGGAUUAUUACAGAAGGUUCUCUGUGCAGAGAUGUGCCCGCUGCCACCUUGGCAUCUCCGCCUCCGAGAUGGUCAUGCGCGCCCGAGACUCUGUCUACCACCUGAGUUGCUUCACCUGCUCCACCUGCAACAAGACCCUGACCACGGGCGACCAUUUUGGCAUGAAGGACAGCCUGGUGUACUGCCGCGCGCACUUCGAGACCCUCUUGCAAGGGGAGUAUCCACCGCAGCUGAGUUACACCGAGCUGGCGGCCAAGAGUGGCGGCUUGGCCCUGCCUUACUUCAAUGGUACCGGCACGGUCCAGAAGGGGCGGCCCCGGAAGCGGAAGAGCCCAGCGCUAGGAGUGGACAUCGUCAAUUACAACUCAGGUUGUAACGAGAAUGAGGCUGACCACUUGGACCGGGAUCAGCAACCUUACCCACCCUCGCAGAAGACCAAGCGCAUGCGCACCUCCUUCAAGCACCACCAGCUCCGGACCAUGAAAUCCUACUUUGCCAUCAACCACAACCCAGAUGCCAAGGAUCUCAAGCAGCUUGCUCAGAAAACAGGUCUGACCAAAAGAGUUUUGCAGGUUUGGUUCCAAAACGCCCGAGCCAAAUUCAGAAGGAACCUUUUGCGGCAGGAGAAUGGGGGUGUUGAUAAAGCUGAUGGCACGUCGCUUCCGGCCCCGCCCUCAGCAGACAGCGGCGCUCUCACUCCACCCGGCACUGCGACCACUUUAACAGACCUGACCAAUCCCACUAUCACUGUAGUGACCUCCGUGACCUCUAACAUGGACAGCCACGAAUCCGGAAGCCCCUCACAAACUACCUUAACGAACCUUUUCUAACAUUGGUUUUCUUUUUUGAAUUCUUCCUCUUCUUUUUAUUAUUAUUCUAAUUAUUAUUAUUUUAUUAUUUACAAGAUUUUUUUUUCCUAACCCACAAGAUAUUUGGGAAAUAAAACAACAGCUUGGUGUGUAGCAUCUGCAGCCACUUGGCAAAUGAGUUUACAGUAUUGUGUCCUUUACAAAGUGUAUUUUUCUUUUUUUUUCUUUUUGUCUACAAAGUGUAUUUGGAUUUAAAAAAAUUAAUUAGAUCUUUUAGUUGGUAAGGGGAGCUUUUGAAUCAUUCUAAUAAGUGCCUCUUAAAAUUGUAUGUUACUUAUUUCCAGAAUCUUGAAGGAAAAAAUAAAGAGUGGUAUAAUGAUUGACAAAUAAUAUUUCCAGUUAAAUGAUUAGGCUAAUAAAGAAUCCGAUAAUUAAAAUUUAUUUUUUAAAAACUUUUGCAAUUGUAUGUGUGCUUAUGGAACUUUCAAAACUUCGUAGUUUUUUAUUUUGAAACAUAUUUCUUAAUAUUACAAAUGAGAAAUAUGAUUAAACAAAAGCAUCCACAAUAAAAAAAGCAUUAAUAACCCCAAAUAUUAUAGAUUAUGUGGAAAAAUUUUCAAGAAAUAUCUUUUUAGGCAUGUACAACUCAAGAAAAAAUUUUAGUUAAUUGUUAACUUAUAAUCAGUGUCUGAAAAAUACUGAAAUUCCUGUGUAUCCAUGAAUCUUUCAAAUAGAAUUUGAAAUCCUAUAAAGCUAAAUAUGAAAUUGUGAAAACCAUUCUUUCUAAAUUAUUUUUCCCAGGGAAAAUGGAAAUAAGCAAAAUAUAAUUUUUUAAGAAGUCAAAAAUCAGUAUAAUUGAAUUGAUAACUCUACUAGCUUCAGCUGUACCAUGAUAUUGUAUCUGACAUUCUUUAUGAAAAAGA